GUAUAGUGGUUCGCUUUAAAACAUUUUCCUCAUUUUUUGUUAAACCUAAAUUGCCUAUUGCCGGUUUCAGAUUAAUGUUCAUACUUCCUGUUGAUAUUUUUUAAUAUACAUUAUAAGUUUAGUGCUUAUAUCACCAAAUUUUUGUUACAAAAUUUAUAGGAGAUACAUCCCGAGAUCCACCUGAAUGCAAUUUUGACACCAAUGAUGAUCCCUACAUGUCCUUCAUGUGUAAUGCAACAGUGACUUAUUGUUUCACCUGUGUUGCAAUAUAUUCACUUUAACUUUUCUCAUGUCACUUCUUUAAUUUCACAAAUGUAUGCACAUACUGGACUUGUUGUGAAAUACUGAUGAAUUGAUUGUAUUUGAUAAGAGUUCCAGCUGUAUUUUUGUGAUAACAACAUUUGUGGCAUACUUCUGGCAUGUUACAUUCUGGAGGACAAGCAAAGCACAUCACCCGCAGUGGGGGGGCACAAGCCCGCUCAUACUUUUACUAUAAUUUGUUUGUGUGCCAAACACUAUCAGUAGUUAUCCUAUUUUUCAAAUAACAAUCAUAUUUCUGAAGUAUUUGUUUCACUAUCUCAAUAGCGCCGUAUUUAUUGAUAAAAGUGGCAAUGCAGUAUUUUGUAUCUGUGGCGUAAAAGACCGCAGUAUGACGCGCCGAGGCCGGUCCGGUAAUUACACAUAAUCUCCAGUGUAAUCUUAUCGCCGGUGAUAACCGCCUGCGUUCCGUCUACCGUCUCUUCGUAUCUGACACUCAUUAACAAUGGUCGUCAACACUGCGGAUCAACUGACAGAGGAACAGAUCGCCGAGUUCAAGGAGGCGUUCUCACUGUUCGACAAAGAUGGCGACGGCACCAUCACGACCAAAGAGUUGGGAACCGUUAUGAGAUCCUUAGGACAGAACCCCACAGAAGCAGAGCUUCAAGACAUGAUCAACGAAGUUGACGCAGACGGUAACGGCACGAUAGAUUUCCCCGAAUUCCUGACGAUGAUGGCCCGUAAAAUGAAGGACACCGACAGUGAGGAGGAAAUCCGUGAAGCGUUCCGCGUGUUCGACAAGGACGGCAACGGGUUCAUAUCGGCGGCUGAGCUGCGCCACGUCAUGACCAACCUCGGCGAGAAGCUCACCGAUGAGGAGGUCGAUGAGAUGAUCCGCGAGGCCGACAUCGACGGCGACGGACAAGUCAAUUACGAGGAAUUCGUCACCAUGAUGACGUCGAAGUGAGCCGCCGGCUAGUGUGUGUGUAAAAAGCAGAGAAUUUAAAUAUACAUUUUGUUUCAUGACACACAAUAUUACCAUCGUAUUGGACCUGCAUUUCUCUAGUGUUUGCGAUAAAUUAAAUAUUGUCAUCGUUUCAGUUUAAUGAUGUACUUGUAACGUCGGGCGCGGACGACGGAGCGCGGCGGCCAUGUUCCCCGCGCUCCGUCGUCUCCGCCUUCUCUUUUUAUUUAGAUUUAAAGUAUUCCGUUAAUUUUACUAUGUAAGAAAAAUUUUAACUGUAGCGGUACAAAGGGAAAACGAAUAGGUGUGCGUCGCAAUGUGAUGGUAUAAGUCUCGGGUUCGUGUCGGCUCAUAUUUAUAUUUGUGUAUAUUGGGGCGGCCGCCGUCCUGUAUGUGUGCGUGCGUGCCUCUGUUUGCGUCGCGCCCUAGUGUCUGCGGUGCUAGCGUCCCGCACCUUUCCGAUACAUUUUAAUGUAAAUUUUUUUCAAGUAUGAGAUAUUUAUAAAGUACGUGAGGAAUAAAAAUUUAAAAAAUCCCAAAAAAAGAUAGUGUACCCGGCGGACGGCUCGCUCCGCCCGCUCCACUCCGUGUACAUUAUGGUAACGUAAUAAAUGUUUAAAUUUAACUAACUCAGUAAACGAAUAAAUUAGAUUUAUUGGUACUGCAUUAAUUGUAUCUGUAAAUGACUUGAUAAAUAUUAUAUUUCUAUUGUUGGUGAAACUAAUUCUAUCGAAAUGGAAAGUAAUCCGCUCUGUUAUUCUCUUACCACAUUUGAUUCAUUCUGUUAUUAAAUUUUACAAAAGACAUACUGAAAAUAAAUGUUUCUUCAUUUUUAGGUCAAUAAGCAUCGGUGUUUCAUUUCGCACCCGUUGAUUUGGUUAUGUGUUUAGUUUUUGCGUUAGUCGUAAAUAUUUACCUGAGCUCGCCCUAAUGCGCUGUUAUUAAUUGUGUAGACUAAUGAGAUUCCACUCGAUGUUUGUGUACUCAACUGAUACCGAUACGCCUACGUGCUGAACCCGCUGGUUGUGGUAUGCUCG